AUGGGCGAAUCUGACGCUUAUUACAACGGGGGUCAACAGCAGUACCAACCUCAACCUCCUGCUGCAACUCAUCCAUACCAGGCACCGCCGCAGCAACCGUACCAACAGCAGCCAUACCAGCAAGGUCCUCCCCAGAAUGGCAAUGGCAAUGGCUACAUGCCCGCCCAAGGCUACAAUGGAAACGAAAAGGGUUCUUUUGAUGAGCAGUUCAAGAUUGCGAAGCCAAAGUACAAUGAUCUCUGGGCUGGUAUCCUUCUGAUCCUUGUGUUUGCUGGCUUUGUUGUCGUCUCUGGUCUAGCCCUUCAAGGCUACUCUGCGAACAAGGGCAACGCUGGUGAUGGUAUCUACAACAAUCCCAACGACUUUUCUCUCAACACGAGCACCGUUAUUUUGUUCAUGUUUGUUCUCGCUGUUGCGUUUGUCCUAUCGUAUGCCUACGUCUGGAUGGCACGACUUUUUCCCAAGCAGUUCAUUUGGGUCACUGGUAUCCUCAAUGUAUGCUGGGCUAUUGGAACAGCCAUCUUUUAUCUCUGGCGUAAGUACUGGUCUGCCGGAAUCGUGUUCCUCAUCUUUGGUCUAUUCAUGGCGUUCUGCUUCUGGACAUGGAUCUCGCGAAUUCCCUUCUCGGCCCUCAUGCUCAAGACCACCAUCGACGUCAGCAAGAAGUAUGGCCAUGUUUAUCUUGUCAGUCUGAUCGGAGGCAUCAUCGCCACGGCCUUCUCAGCUUGGUACGCCAUCACUCUUGUCGGAAUCUACAUCAAGUACCAGCCUGCCCAAGAUAAUCCUUCCUGCGCCGACGGUGGUUGCAGCAAGGGCAAGGUCAUUGGCCUCAUCGCCUUUAUCACCUUUGCCAUGUACUGGUUCUCCGAGUGGCUCAAGAACACGAUCCACACAACGAUUGCUGGUGUUUAUGGCUCUUGGUACUUUAACCCUCACAACUUCCCCAAGGAUGCUACCCGCGCCUCUGCCAAGCGUGCCCUUACAUACAGCUUUGGUUCCAUUGCUCUCGGUAGUUUGUUGGUCGCUAUUAUCCAAUUCCUUCGCCAAGCCUGCAACGCCGCUCGUAGCCAGGAGGGCGCAGAUGGAAGUAUGCUCGGGUACGCUUUGUUCUGCUGUAUCGGAUGCUUGCUGGGUAUUUUGGAGUGGGCUGUCGAGUUUAUCAACCGCUACGCUUUCUGUCAUAUUGCUCUCUACGGAAAGGCCUACUUUGCGGCUGCCAAAGACACAUGGAAGAUGAUCAAGGACCGAGGAAUUGACGCUCUCAUCAAUGACUGUCUUAUUGGACCCGUCCUUUCCUUCGGCGCCCUCUUCAUCGCAUACGCUUGCGCCCUCCUCGCCUACCUCUAUCUGUACUUCACCGACCCCGCCUACAACAACAACGGCCAGUACACCGGCGUCGUCGUGGCCUUUUCCUUCCUUAUCGGUUUCCAGAUCGCAAACAUCUUCACCACACCCAUCUCCAGCGGUGUCGAGACCAUCUUUGUCGCUUCUGGUUGGGACCCUCAGGUCAUGUGGCGCGAUCACCCCGAACUAUACAACGAGAUGGUCAGGGUGUACCCCAAGGUUCAGCAGGUCAUUCAGGACCGCUAA